CCUUUUGUAUACACGAUCCAGCUUUGAAUAAUUUAGCACAAAGGAGCUAAAAAAGGUGCUCCCUUGAAACAGCAGGUAUUUCCGAACUCAAACGGAGGGAGCUUCAUCUCAUCCCCACGUCCGACCGCCCCCCUGCACGCAGCUCCUUGGUCGCGCUCGAUCAAGCUGCGUUUAAACCAAUUCUUUCAUCCACCCGUCUGCACAUUCCUUAAUCGCGUCGCGGUCCGAGGUGUCCAGCUGAUGUCCGAGGUAAAAAACUCGUCUUGGACGGACUGACGGUUUUUCAACGUCGCCCCCCCCAUCAGCCAACCACCAUGGAGGACUUCCAGAGAAAACUCAAUCAACGCUAUGAAGGCACCAAGCCCAGAAAGGUGAGGUUCAAGCUGGCGUCGUCCUACAGCGGCCGGGUGCUGAAGCACGUGUACGAGGACGGCCAGGAGCUGGAGAGCCCAGAGGAGAAAUACCCUCACAGCUUCGUCCACCGCAAGAUCCCUCCCAGCCACUUGGAGGUGGAGCAGCUCUGUGGGUUUCAGGAGGCCCACGGGGACCAACCGGGUGUGUAUCCUCCGAAGGGGCCCAUUGCCCAGAGGAUAAACGUGUACAGAGGAGUGGGAAGCUACGUGCCCGCUGCAGGCCAGACUGAAGAAGCAGAGGGAGACGCUAAAUCCCCAGUGUUGGACUUUGGCAAGAUAAUCAUCUACACCAGUAACCUGCGCAUCAUCAGAGCGCCGCAGAGGGCGCCGCAGAGGACGCCCGAAGCACCGCGGCACACGGUGCCCCCUGCGGACAUGGAGGGGCACCCUAAGGCCCGGGAGAGGGGGAGCAGGAGGAGGGCUAAAGCUCUUCUCUCCCUGGAUGUGGAGGAGAAGGAGGGCAAACAGGUCUGCAACACAGACGCCAAGGAGGCCGACAGCUGCCAGCAUUGUCGCGGCUCGGGCUGCGCGCCCUGCUCUCUGUGUCACGGCAGCAAGCUGUCCAUGCUGGCGAACCGCUUCAACGAGUCCAUCAGCGAUCUGCGUUGCCAAGCCUGCUACCCUCACGGCCUGGAGAAGUGCCAGUCCUGCUCCAGCAAAUAGCUCUGUCUGGCUGCCACCCAUGUCUGGCCGGGAGAGUGAGCGAGUGAGCGAGUGAGCGAAUGAGAGUGUGCGGCCCGGGAGUGAGCAUGUGCUGUGGGCUUAUCGCGUCUCGUCUCAGGGGGGGGGGCUAAAUUGCUCCAAUCCAAAGUGUUCUUGUUGGGGCGUUUCGAGGGUUUUUUUCACCCCCCCCC